GUUCCCUGUGUGCAGCUGCAGACUCCCAUCCUCUUCGAGACCUCUCAACUGAAUCAACAACAAUUAGGCAAACUGUCCAUUUUGACGCUAUAUGAUUUGAAAUCGUAUUUUUUACAUCGUAUUUUCUAUGUUGUUCGAUAGACUUUGAGGAUGACCAGUAAAUUGAAGUUUGUUCGGUCUCUGAUGAAGACUGCAGCGUUGGCUAACGUACCAAAACACAUCGAUCAUUUCUCCAAGUUCUCUCCUUCUCCUCUCUCAAUGAAGCAGUUCUUGGAUUUCGGUUCAACCAACGCCUGUGAGCGCACAUCGUUUGUUUUCCUUCGUCAGGAGCUCCCUGUGCGAUUGUCCAACAUCAUGAAGGAGAUCAACCUCCUUCCAGACCGGCUGCGGUCCACGCCUUCUGUCCAGCUGGUCCAGAGCUGGUACAUCCAGAGCCUGAUGGAGAUCCUUGAGUUUCUGGACAAGAACCCUGAUGACCAGGAAGUCCUUGAGACGUUUGUGGAAAUCUUGGAAGUGAUCAGAAACCGGCACAACGAGGUGGUCCCCACCAUGGCUCAGGGAGUUAUUGAGUACAAAGAUGUCUUUGGUCAGCAGGAUGCUAAUAACGACCACAACAUCCAGUACUUCCUCGAUCGCUUUUACACCAGCCGUAUCUCCAUCCGCAUGCUCAUCAACCAGCACACUCUCGUCUUCUAUGGCAACACAAACCCCGCCCACCCAUACACCAUUGGCUGUAUUGACUCCAUAUGUGAUGUAACAGAGGUUGCACGAGAUGCCUAUGAGAGUGCCAAGUUGCUCUGUGAGCAGUACUACCUGGGAGCCCCAGAGCUGGAGCUCAGGCAGAUGAAUGCCAACAACAUAAGAGAUCCAAUCCAUAUCUCUUAUAUUCCAUCUCACCUGUACCACAUGCUCUUUGAGCUCUUCAAGAACUCCAUGAGAGCCACCAUUGAGAACCACGAGGCCAGCAGGACCCUCCCACCCAUCAAGGUCAUGGUCGCUCUUGGUAGAGAGGACCUGUCAAUCACGAUGAGUGACAGAGGAGGUGGUGUUCCCUUCAGAAAGACAGAGCGUCUGUUCAGCUACAUGUACUCGACAGCUCCUCGACCCUCCUUUGGAGAAAAACACAGAGCCCCACUGGCAGGGUUUGGCUAUGGCCUGCCCAUCUCUCGUCUCUACGCUCGCUACUUCCAAGGAGACCUGCAGCUCUACUCUAUGGAAGGUUACGGCACUGAUGCCGUCAUACACCUAAAGGCAUUGUCCACAGACUCAGUGGAGAGACUGCCAGUUUUUAACAAGACCGCUUUGCGCAACUACAAGCUGAGUUUGGAGGCAGACGAUUGGUGCAUUCCUUCCAGGGAGCCGCUUGACUUGGCCGUCUACCGCGCCUCCAAGUGAUUGAGUCUGAGCCAGCAGGAAUUCUUACCCCCAGCACUUUCAGGCCAUGAAGUGUCCUGUCAUUGAAGGGAGUUAGGGAACAUGUUGACAUGGUGACUCUUGAUCUUCAGAACUCGCACACAUGGACCCUCGCUUUUCCCCUAUACUCAGGAGACUUCUGUCUGUUUCCUAUGUGAAACUUUAAGUCCACAUUGAAACAUUAUUUUAGUCUAGAACAUCAACUAACCAAGUACUUUUGGUUUCUAUACCAAACCAAGCUGCCAACGUUUCAUAUCUAACCUAACCGAUAAAUGUUGUAAUAUGGUGGCAGGGCUCUACAAGGACUGUUGUUUUUAAAAUAAAAAUUAGGUACGCGUUAACAAACAAGUUCUAGAACAAUGCCUACAAAUCUCACAAGUGUUUUUCAAAUCUAGGUAUACUUUUUAAACACAACAGAAUUUUAGCCUGAUAGUGGACAAAAGCUGAAGUGACCAAAAGAGAUAAAAGAGAAGACCGGCUCCUGAUUGUCUUGGUCCUUCCUUGUCCGGAGCCAGCUUCUUAUUCUUAGAUCUCUUCCUGCUUUCUUCACACAUGCUUUAGACAGAGAAAGAGAUGAACCAGUUGGACAAACAGAGUCAACCUCACAGUUCCAGAAAGGUGUGAAGUAGAGAGAGAAUUCUGGAGAGGGGAAUUUAACUGAUGGUAGGUCUGAUCAGAGCAUUAGACACCAUGUCUCACAGCGGGAUAUAACUCUUACAAUAAUUACAACCUUAACCUCACAUGAAAAAUAACAUUUCAUUGUAAUCUAAGGGAUCAGUUUCGCUGAUUACUGAAUAGGUAUUUAUGGGCUCUACUUAGCUGAUCAGGUCUUAGAUCACAAGGUGCCAGCAGGAAGAUUUCAUCAGAACAAAAAGUGCCUCAACAUGUUCAAAGAGAAGUGUUGUGAUAUUUUUUUCUACCUAAAACAGGACAUGUAUUCUUUUUCCUGCUGUAAGAGUGAAUCAGUCAGUGGGAGUAUGACUUGUAUUUUUUUUCUAAAACCUUUUUUGUCUUGUACAACUUGUCACUAAGUAAAGUCUCUCUUCAGUUUCUGUUUUGUGGCCUUAUACUGAUGCAGAACAAACACUUGCUCAGCUGCUUAGUUACUGAUAGUGAACAUUAAGGAUUAAAGAUCAUUUAGGUUGUGUUUGGAAGGGACUCUAACAAUGUCCAGGAGUUAUGUAAACUUGUGAUCUGUUGACAGAACACAGGUUAUUCAUUAAUUAUCUCUGCUUAAUGUUUAGAAGCUCUGAAAUCAGCUUUUUUGUUUUAGUCCUGUAACUGGUCCAAACUGCAAUGUGUGUAUGUAUAUAUGUAUCUGUGUUAAACGGUUUAUUGUGAUUCACUGUGUGCAUUCACGAGCCAUGACUAUGCAUCAUCACAAGGUAUUCUAUUGUAUAUAUAUUUGAGGACUUUUAUUUUUAUAAAGAAAUGUUUGGAAAAUAUAUCAUCCAUAAAAUAACUGAACUU